AUGAUAGCCUCCGUGGUGAUCGCCGCUGACCCUGCGGCACGACCGGGCCACGGCGACGGCGACGACAACAAGGACCUACAGAACUGGUCUUCGCUGAUCGGCAUCAUCACAGCCAUUGUCGGCAACAUCCUCAUUGCCCUGGCCCUCAACGUCCAGCGCUACGCACACAUUCGAUUACACCGAGAACGCGUCCGAGUCCGACGGAGAGCGAAAGAGGCCCUCAAACAUGCCCAGAACGGAAACCAGACCGGUCCCUAUGGCUCUGUCGCUCGCGACAGUGCUGAUCGAGCCGAAGAACACCAUGACCACGGACACCACGAUGCGGGCGAAACCGAACCCCUAACAAGAUCCUUCCGCUCCGAAGAGUCCACCGGUUCCGACUAUUCCGGCGACGACGAGAAGGCCCCCUCCACGUACCUCAAGUCUCCAUACUGGUGGAUGGGACAGAUCCUGAUUACCUUGGGCGAGCUGGGCAACUUUUUGGCUUAUGGCUUCGCGCCCGCUUCGAUUGUGUCGCCCCUUGGCGUCGUUGCCCUGAUAUCCAACUGCAUUAUUGCGCCCAUGCUGUUCAAGGAAAAGUUCAGGCACCGCGACUUCUGGGGCGUCAUUAUUGCUGUUGCUGGCGUUGUCAUUGUGGUUCUGAGCGCCAAACAGGAGGAAACCAAGCUUGAUCCCGACGAUGUUUGGGGUGCCAUCACGACCUUGGAAUUCGAGAUCUACCUGGCAGUUACGAUAUCACUCAUCAUCGUCCUGAUGUGGGCGAGCCCAAGAUACGGCCACCGAACCAUCUUGAUAGAUCUUGGUCUGGUUGGUCUAUUUGGCGGCUACACGGCUCUUUCUACAAAAGGCGUAUCCUCCAUGCUUUCAUCGACCCUCUUGGGAGCCUUCAAGACCCCCGUUACAUACGCGCUGCUCUUCACUCUUCUGUUCACUGCAGUAAUGCAGGUGCGAUACGUCAACAAGGCUCUGCAGAGAUUCAGCUCCACCCAGGUCAUUCCUGUACAAUUUGUUCUAUUCACCCUCUGUGUCAUUGUUGGCAGUGCCGUCCUGUACCGAGACUUCGAGAGAACAUCGGCUGAACAAGCCGUCAAGUUUAUCGGCGGCUGUCUAUUCACCUUCUUCGGUGUCAUCCUCAUUACUAGUGGUCGACUAGAGGAGGAGAUCGAAGAUGGGAUGUCUGAUGUGGACGGAGUGGAGGAGACGAUUGGCCUCGCCGAGCAGGAUACCACGCAACCGCUUCCUCCUGCGUCAACCUCGAUCCCGUCUCCCAAAUCGCGGCGGUCCUCGAAGGCUUCCGUUGCGUACUCGGCAAACAAUGGCUCAAAGCCGUUCAGCAUGCAGCGCGAUUCGGGAAUUCCUUCGCUACGUGUCCCAACCGCCGCGUCAGCAGGAAACCUUGUCGGCGCGGAGUCCGAGCCCCUCCUGACCAACCCAUGGAGCAACAGCGCAGACGAGGUGCUUCCUCCGCCGGGCACACGGACAAUUUCGGAUGAAUCGAUAUCAACCUUUCCUCACUUGGGUUUCUCGCCGUCAGAGCCAGUUACGCCCAUGUACGACGGGCAGUUGCAACCCAGCUUCCCCACGGACAGGCCAGUCACGCCUCGUCCGCCGUUGCUCGGCCAGCGGCCUCACAGUCACCAGUACCAUCCGGGUCCGCUGUUUUCUCCAUCACCGUUGUCAUCUACGGUCAGCGCGGUGGUCAAGGACACUCUUCUUAGGAGCGCAGAAAGUCCUCUCCUGCGCAGAGCUUCCGUGAGAAGGUUGCGCUCAAGUAUAAGAGCCAGUCUUUACAUGCCCGAGGAUGACGAUGACACGAAUGGCGACCUUGAAAGACAAGACCUGAUGAGCAGAUCGAAUGGAAAUGACGGUGGGCCUCCCGAGCGCACUCGGACAGCAGGCGAAGGUGCGUCCAGAGAGCACCAGCCUGGCAGGCCACGAAGUUUGAGCGACACACUGGGCGAAUUCUUCAGAGUGAAAAGGAAAAGGAGAGACGUGAAUACCGACGCGGAAGAGGAUGAGGUAUGA